UAAUUUUCAGUUUUCUCGUGCUCUUCUUGGCGAAUAGGUGUAUUAUUGGGUGAGUUUCGUUCGCCGGUCAUUUCGUAAACGUAUGUUUUUUACGUUGAAAUAUUCUCAAAUCGUAGUUUUUUGUGAAAUAAUUCGGUUGAAAUUAAUUCGCUAAUUUUUUCAUUCAUUAACGAUAAAUUCUCGAUGUAAUUUUGUUUAUUAUUACGGGGUUGAAAUUGCGUGUAUCCGAAUUACCGCAGCAUAGUUUUCGUAAUUAAAUCGUUCGCGUUUAUUACAUAAUAAAUUUCGUGUACCUAAUUCAUCUAAACCGUAGAUUAACGAGCUCGGACUGUGUGUAAAAAAUAUUCUUAUGCCAGAACUCCGUCAAGAUGAUGAGAUUAAACCAACAUCUGUGAUAUAAUAUCAACAUUGUGUAAUCACUUAAAAUUGGAACCAUUUCUGAUAACGUCCGGCUGCCAAACAAUUUAACCAUUUUGUGAGAUUAUUUAUAUAAAACUCUAAGCUGGUGUCCUGAUAGAUUGUACCUAUGCGUUGGAAAAAUAGGUAGAGCAGAAAUUGGCAGAAAAAUCUCCAUCUGGUAGAGACGUGGAAAUAUUACAAUCAUGGAGUUGGAAGAUCUGUACAAACGGUACUGCAUCGGACUGAAGCAUUCGCUAUUUACAGCAUGCCUGAGUAUAUCGUUCACCGGAUGUAUCGGGAUGCUGGUGAUGAUGUUGGUUUUUUCACAGAAAUGGGAUAACAGCCUGCUCAGAAUCAUCGGACUGAUAUGUCUUUCGAUAUUCUUUCUCGUAAUUAUCGCAACGAGUCAGUUACCAUCGGUUUUAAGUUCGGAACGAGUAGCUUCGAUCGUCUCCUUUUUAACAGUGAUCGUGUUCACUGUGGCGUUAAUCCUUAUGGCGAAAUCGAGCUGUGCUGUGAUGCUAUUCGCUGUUUUGUUGGCCAUUCACGCCAUGUUUCCUAUUUCGAGGAUCGCUUCGUUCGUACUGUCGUCUUCGUUGUUGUCGACUUUUUUAGCCGUUUCGGUGUACGAGAAUUACGAGAAUACGAUGCCGCCGACGAACGAGUCUGUUUUCGAUAAAGUUACCAGCGAUUUAAUAUUUUUACUAUGCGCUGUCGGCACAGGCUUUUACUACAGACAUAUGACGGAAUCAGCCCACAGAAGAACGUUUACCGGGACGCGUACGUGUAUUGAAUCUCGAGUGAAAUUGGAAUGCGAAAAAGAACAACAAGAGCAAUUACUUUUGAGCGUGAUUCCGGCCUAUAUCGCUGCCGAGGUUAAACGAAGCAUUAUGUUGAAAAUGGCGGAUGCUUGUCAAGAUAUGUCAAAUAAACAGACGCGAUUCCACGAAAUGUAUGUUCAAAGACACAACAGCGUCAGCAUCUUAUACGCGGAUAUCGUGAACUUUACGCCGUUAUCUGAGAAACUAAGCGCUUCCGAUUUGGUAAAAACGUUGAACGAACUUUUCGGCAGAUUUGAUCAGAUUGCUCAGGAUAAUCAAUGCAUGAGGAUCAAAAUUUUGGGCGAUUGUUACUACUGUGUGUCCGGAUUACCAGUGUCUAGACCGAAUCACGCGUACAACUGUGUUAAUAUGGGAUUGCAGAUGAUCGAAGCCAUAAGAUUUGUUCGCGAAGCAACCGGAUUCAAUGUGGAUAUGCGAAUCGGAAUUCAUACCGGUAACGUGCUAUGCGGUGUUUUAGGGCUAAGAAAAUGGCAAUUCGAUGUAUGGAGCGAUGACGUCACACUUGCUAAUCACAUGGAAUCGGGAGGAGUUCCAGGAAAAGUACAUAUCACCAAAGCUACAUUGUUGCAAUUGAACGACAGAUUUCAAGUGGAGCCGGGAAAUGGAGGCGAACGAGAGGCGUAUCUGGCGGAUCACAAGAUCGAGACUUACCUCAUCGUACCAUCACCGAAGAAAGGAGGUAAACAGCCAAAUGAAGAGAUUAAAGAUGCCAGAAAAGCGAGCAACGGCGUGGUAGGCGAAGCAACGGCUGGUAAUAUUAAUCGUAACAGGUCUCCGAGUAAAAUGACCAAAUACGUGGAAUGCUGGGGAGCCGAUAAACCUUUCGCCAAUAUCACCGAAAGCACCUUGGCCAAAAAUAUCGGAUUAACGAGUAUCGCCAUGAUCGAGUCGAAUUUACUGCCAAAUAAAGGGAAUCUAUUCGAUUGCAAGAAGUGUUUGAAUUCGGAAGAUUUGCAUCCGGUGUUUUUAUGGUUUAAGGAUAAGAAUAGGGAGGAUUCUUAUCGUAAUAAGACAGACAACGAGUUUCAUCAUUAUUUAUCCUUCACCAUUGUGUUAUUUGUUGGGAUGACGUUGAUUCAGAUUUUACUCGAUCAUACGAACGUGAUUCUUUAUGGUACUUACGGUCCUACCCUCGCAGCAAUAAUUUUUUUCCUAUACCUUUGUCAUUUACGUUCGAACCAUGAAGACGUCACUUUACCAUCGGCAUCAACCCAUGUUGAGGAUGAACCUUCGGGUCCUGAAUCAAUCGUCAGUAAAUCGUUCUAUUUGCGAUUGAUUAUAUUCAGUGUUACCACAGUCUUGGUGUCAUUAUGCUCCGUCGUCACAUUAAUUAGUCACGAUGAAGAUCCAGCCAAUUCGAACGGUUAUAUUUUGAAAAACGAGACUGCUAUCGAUAUGAAUGUCAAUACGAGUGAAAUCGUUAAUGCGACAAGGUUACCAAAUUAUACAGAUAAAUUCGCCCAGUUUUACAAGUACUAUCAGUACAGCUCAAUUAUCACUUUGGCCGUUAUGUCGGUCUUUUUAAGAAUAAGUUUCAUAGUGAAGUUUUGCUUCAUGGUGAUCUCAGCCAGUGUACAUGUGCUGAUUUACAUUAAUCGAUAUAAAAUGCCUACCGAUGCCAUUUACUAUACAUCUUACUACGAACCUUUCGCAGAGUUACCGUGGGAAUUGAGGCUACUGUUGCCGAUCGUUGUGAUAAUAGUGCUUUUGCACGUAUUAGAUCGUCAGAUCGAAUUCACUGCCAGGACCGAUUUCUUGUGGCAACAGAAACUGAAAGUCGAGCAAGAAGAAGUCGAAACGAUGAGAGGCAUAAAUAAAAUCCUGCUGGAGAAUAUACUACCGGCUCAUGUGGCCGAACGCUUUUUACAAGAACGUAAAACCCAAGAACUAUAUCACGAACGUUAUAGUUGUAUAGCAGUGAUGUUCGCUUCGAUACCCAAUUACAAAGAAUUUUAUGAUGAAAAUGACGUCAAUAAGCAAGGAUUGGAAUGCUUGAGGCUGUUAAAUGAAAUUAUUUGUGAUUUUGAUAAGUUAUUACUGAAACCAAAAUUUAGUUCAAUUGAGAAAAUUAAAACCAUUGGUAGCACGUAUAUGUUGGCUUCUGGUUUACGACCUGGAAAAGAAGACGCCGGGGAAGAGAACAAACAACAAGAACACAGUAUCGUUGUUUUGGUAGAAUUUGCCAUCGCCUUGAUGACCAUUUUAGAUCAAAUAAAUAGAGAAUCGUUUCAAAGAUUCAAAUUAAGGAUAGGUAUCAAUCACGGACCUGUGAUUGCUGGAGUCGUCGGUGCUCAAAAACCUCAGUACGAUAUUUGGGGUAACACGGUGAACGUCGCUUCAAGAAUGGAUAGCUGUGGGAAGAUGGGUCGAAUACAGGUAACUGAAGACACUGCUAAAAUUUUAAUGGCUGCGGGUUACACGUGCGAAUGCCGGGGACCAACUUUCGUCAAAGGCAAAGGCACCCUGGUGACGUAUUUCGUCAAAACACCAUUUGAUGAUAAGUAAAUCGCCAUCAUGGGUUCCUGUUGGGUAACCCAAUACACCACUAUUCGUAAUUGUGGGUUUUCUAGUCAUUUUUCAAUGUGCAUUUGUGUAUAUAAAAUAAUACUACGUCGUCGUUGUGAAUUUACUCAUCGUAUGUUUACUAUUUGUGAUUUAUGAUUAUGAGAUGCGAAGUCGCACCUGCGGAUUACAUUUCGUACGGUUGCAGUGCUCAUAAUUUUAUAUUUUAAAUUUUUUUGUUUUUUUGAAUUAGUCGUAGUUUUAACUGUAACCGAAAUAAAUUCGAUUUUAUCAUAA